AAGAUCAUCAACGCAACGAGAUUCAACAUCAAGGUGUAUUUCUGGACUGAUUCCACCACGGUACUAUACUGGUUGCAAUCACUGCCGAGUCGCUGGAAACCGUUCGUGGCUAAUCGUGUUGCACAGAUUCAACGGGACACCGACGGUAUGAGCUGGAAGCACGUCCCUGGAAGGGACAAUCCUGCAGACGAUAUAUCACGUGGUAUAAAAGCUGAGGAUCUGAUCAAUCGACACCGGUGGUGGAACGGGCCACAUUGGUUGGCACAAAAUGAAAGCAAUUGGCUAACGUUUAUUCCGUCUAACGAUGAAGGUGAAUUAGCAGAUGAAGAGCGGAAGGCUGCUCAACCCAUCACUUGCACCACUAUCGCACGAGCCUUCUCUAACACACUCUUUGCUAGGUAUUCAAGUUACCACAAACUUCGCCGUGUGGUGGCAUACAUAUUCAAAUACGUGCGGUGCCUGAGAACUAAGGCAUAUUCUUCACAACAUCCAAAGAAGUGUCGUGCCGACAACAAACGAGAUGUAGCUGAUACAGAUAUCGUCGAAGCAACCAUCACAACUGAAGAUCUUCAUCAAGCCGAAAUCGCCCUAUGUAAACUCGCCCAACAAGAUACGUUCGACGACGAAAUCCACGCCUUAACAACAGGAAGACAAGUAUCCCGAGCAUCAAGACUGAAGUGGCUGAGACCAUAUAUGGACGAAACAGGAGUGCUUCGGGUUGGUGGCCGGCUGGGCAACAUGACAGCAUCACAUACUGUUAAACAUCCCAUCGUGUUAACUGCCACCCAUCCUAUGGCAGUUCUCUUAGCAACAGCAUAUCACCUCCGGUUAUUACAUGCCGGACCGCAACUUUUGCUAGCAACGCUCCGACAACGAUUUUGGGUGAUAGGAGGAAGAAAUCUAGUGAAAUCAAUCUACCAUCGCUGUCUUCAAUGCUUCAAGGCCAAACCAACAUUAGUCCAACAAAGUGUUGCAGAUCUACCGGAGUCAAGAGUGACCCCAACCAGAGCAUUCUCCGUUUGCGGCGUCGGCGGGCUUUGGGAAGCAGCGGUCAAGUCAGCGAAACAUCAUUUACUGCGAACCAUAGGGACUACAAGUAUAACCUACGAAAAUAUGCUUACAUUGUUAACACAGAUCGAAUCCUGUUUAAACUCGCGACCCUUAGUUCCAAUGUCAGAAGAUCCGUGUGAUCUUGAAGUGCUCACACCAGGCCAUUUCCUCAUCGGAGGUAACAUGCAAUCUUCCCGAUAUUGAUCACACUAACAUUGCGUCUAAUCGUUUAAACGAGUAUCAGUUAGUGCAACGCUAUGUACGAUCUAUUUGGCAACGAUGGCAAAGGGAAUAUACACAACAAUUACAAGCACGAUCGUCGUUCGGUAGCAGGUCAGUAGUUGAGCUUAAAGAAAAUCAGUUAGUCCUUAUACGAGAAGAUAAUGCUCAUCCCACCGA